CUCUCUCGCCGUCUAACCCAGCUGAUUAACUGACUGGAUCGCAUCAGGCUCCUUCCCUCUUUCCCACACACGGACCCAUCCCUGUAAUCUGUUCAGAGCCAGAGAAAAGUCGCAGGCGUCCAAGACCAGCACUAGGAUGGUUCCUCCCCCACCCAUUAACAAGCCCCAUGUCUGCCUUUCCACCACACUCAUCAUGAGCAGCAUGGUGCUGAUGGACGCCUAUCUGGUGGAACAGAACCAGGACUCUAGGAAGUUGGGCAUCUGCAUCAUGGUUUCAGUUGGGGACAUCUGCUUCCUGGUUGUACUCAGGUAUGUGGCAGUAUGGGUUGGGGCUGAGGUGAGGACCGCCAAGCGAGGCUAUGCCAUGAUCCUUUGGUUCCUGUACGUCUUCGUGCUGGAGAUCAAAGUCUACUUCAUCUACCAGAACUACAAGGCUGACCGUAAAAGCUUGGACCUCAUGGCCCGCAAGGCUUUGACCCUCCUCCUGUCCAUCUGUGUUCCUGCCCUCUACGUGCUGCUGGUGGCUACAGAGCACAUGGAGUAUGUCAGGACGUUCAAGAAGAAGGAGGACUUGCGCAACCGUCUCUUCUGGGUCAUUGUUGACAUGCUGGAUGUGUUGGACAUCCAGGCCAACCUCUGGGAGCCGCAGAAGAAAGGGCUGCCCAUCUGGGCCGAAGGCUUGAUGUUCUUCUACUGCUACAUCUUGCUCUUGGUCCUUCCUUGCGUCUCACUGUGUGAGAUUAGCAUGCAAGGGAUUGGCAUUGUGCCACACCGCAUGAUGCUCUACCCAAUGCUGAGCAUGCUCACCAUCAACAUCACCACCAUCUUCAUCCGGGGGAGCAACAUGGUCUUCUUCAAGGACAUCCGGGUCUCUGGUAUCUUCAUGGGGAAGAAUGUGUUGGCCAUUGUCCUCAAGGUCUGCAUGUUUGUGCAGUACAGGAAGCAUCUCCACCAUGUGCCAGCAGGAUCUGGCACAGCAGAGCCUCAACGUAACACCACUUCCCAGCCACAGCCUGUCAUGCACCUACUGAAACCCCAGAGCCAGACUCCAUGUCCUGAGGGACUGGCCCAGGAGAACACAUGAUGUGCUGUGUAUCUUGUGCAUCGGUGUGUGUGUCCACACGCCAAGUGACACGUAACCUUCUGUCUGUGAUCAUUAGGAUCAAAUGCAAAGAGGAACAGAGUCCGAUGAGUCCCACGCAGCCAGUGCUGGUCUCCCCAGAAAGUCCGCGAGUGACCUCCCCUGCUUCCUCCGUUGCACGGUUGCACUGCUAGGCGUGUCCUGGAAUUGGCCUGGACUGAGGAAAGGUCACUUGUAGAAUGGUACGGAGUAGAACCCAACCUUGAUGCCAAGGUGCAAGGUGGCAGGCCAUACAGACUGAUGGGGGUCCCUGGAGAGUAGCAGCCAUGGGACUGGUUACCUACUCAACCAACAGCAAGCAGUGGCAAAUGAUGAGCUCCCUCCAUUACUUCUCAUGUGCUCAGUCAUUUCAGCAAUGGAAGUUGUUUUGGAACAUAGCCUAUUCUGUUGCCUGGGGUGGAUCUGGGGAUACUGGCUUCUGGGAUUGUCCAGCGGCUUUGGAAUGAUUUUUCCCUCCUGAUACUUGGGUGGCGGAGGAAGGGAAGCACCUAUUUUGCCUAGUCUGCCCCUCUUCUAUACAUAACUUUGGAGCUUUGGUGACCUUCUGGGUUCGUUGAAAAAUGCUAUACUUAUGCCUGCCCCCUUAUAUUCUUCAGGAGUUCAAAAAUGCCUGGGGUGGGGGCAUAGGAUGAGGGUUUGCAUCGAUUCCAAAGCCACCUGGUCUUCCCUCCCACCUGUGGGAACAUGCUGGGUCAUGAUCCUUUUUUGUUCAUUGAUACUUUCCUCUUUCCAAUAAAAUGAAGAACAAGCUU